GAGCGCCGGCCGUGGAGGGAGGGAGGGAGGGAGGAGACGUGGGCCAGGAGGGGGAGGCAGGCAGCCAGCGAGCCAGCCAGCGGGCGGGCGGCAGGCGGGUUGGCGAGCCAGGCGGCGGGGCGCUCAUGUCCACGUCCCCGGGUCCAGGGAUGCCCUCUGUCUGUUUAGUAGCUACACUCCUUUUAGCAUCAUCUAUCACUUUCGUCUCAGGAGAAGCAGAAGUAAAGUUCACUGGACAAACAGAAUUUGUAGUUAAUGAAACUUCUACAACAGUUAUACGUCUUGUUAUCGAAAGGACAGGAGAACCUGUGAACAUCACAGCUAUUGUAGCGAUUCAGGGUGAAAAUACAGGUGACUUUUUCGAUACAUACGCAGCAGCAUACAUAUCUGAAGCUGAGACAAAUAGAACUGUGUACAUUUCUGUGUGUGAUGAUGAUCUUCCAGAAGCUGAUGAGACAUUCAUGUUUUAUUUGACACUGCAGAAGCCGCUUCCAGGAGUAACAAUUGGAUUGCCAAGAGUUGUAACUGUGACAAUUUUAUCAAAUGACAAUGCCUUUGGAAUUAUCUCUUUUGACAUGCCUGCCUUAAUCACACUGAAUGAACCCAGAGGUAGGAAUCAGUCUGUGCCUCUUACUCUAGUUAGGGAGAAAGGAACCUAUGGAACUGUCACUGUGAUUUAUGAGGUGGAAGGUGUUCCAAAUUCUCCGGAAGAAGACCUGAGUCCAGUAAGGGGAAAUAUCAGUUUUCCUCCCGGCACAGCUGUAUUGAUUUAUAACUUAUUUGUUCUGGAUGACCAGAUUCCAGAAAAUGAUGAACUAUUUAUUCUUCAUUUGAAAAGUGUUGGAGGAGGAGCUGAAAUCAAUACAUCAAGAAAUUCUGUUGAAAUUAUUAUUAAGAAAAAUGACAGCCCAGUGCGAUUUACUCAAAAUAUUUAUAUGGUGCAGGAAGAAGAUGAUACAUUAACAAUCCCAGUAGUUCGGGGUAAAGAUGAUGAUGGAAAUGUAAUUGGACCUGAUGAAAAUGAAGUCUCAAUUCGCUACAGCAUUGUAACUGGGAAUUCAACUACACACGCUCAUCUUAAUUUAGACUUUCUGGAUUUACAGCCAAAUACAACUAUUUUUUUCCCACCUUUAGUGCAUGAAUCUUAUAUUACCUUCAAAAUCCUUGAUGAUACCAUACCAGAAAUUGCAGAGACGUUUCAUAUCAUGCUACUCAAGGAUACUUUACAAGGAGAUGCUGUUUUAACAAAUCCAUCUAUUGUCCAAGUCACCAUUAAACCCAAUGAUAAACCUCAUGGAGUAUUAUCGAUCAAUAGCAUCUUGCUACUUCAUGCAGUUGUUAUUGAUGAAGACCAGAUACUAAGGUAUGAAGGCAUUACUGUUGUAAGGAAUGGUGGAACACAUGGAAAUGUUUCAGUUUCUUGGGUUAUAACCCGUAACAGCAGUGAUCCUUCACCAGUGACUGCAGAUAUUGCUCCAGACUCAGGAGUAUUACACUUUUCUCAAGGGCAGCUAUUGGCAUCACUUCCCCUGAGCAUUGUGAAUGAUAACUUCCCUGAAGAAGCAGAACCAUACCUGCUUAGGAUUCUUGCUCAUACAAUACAAGGAGGGGCAGAAGUGAGUGAACCAGAUGAGCUUUUGUUUUACAUACAAGACAGCGAUGAUGUCUAUGGUGUGGUAAAGUUCUACCCUUUGGAGAAUCAGAGGAUAGAAAGCAGCCCAGAUGGACGGUUCCUGUCCCUUAGCUUUGUAAGGCAAGGAGGAACAGUUGGAGAUGUAAAGCUAUCUUAUACAGUUGUAUAUAUUCCUGCUGGUCCUGUGGAUCCUGAGCGAGCUAAAGAAGGUGUUCUAAACAUUUCUGGAAAAAGCAUCCUCUACAUACCAGAAGGGAAAACGGAAGACAUUGUAAAAAUACCAAUAAGAAAUGAUGCAUUUCUGCAAAAUGGAGCCCAUUUCUUAGUACAGCUGAAAAAAGUUGAACUGCUGAAUAUUAUUCCUCUGAUCCCACCUGUAAGCCCUAGAUUAGGUGAAAUCCAAAAUAUCUCCUUAAAAAUCACACCUGACAUUGCAAAUGGGGAAAUUGGUUUUAUCAGCAACCUUCCAAUAGUUUUACAGGAGCCAGAAGAUUCAGCUUUUACAGAAAUCUCCAUUCCCUUGCACCGGGAUGGGACUGAUGGACAAGCCACAGUGUUUUGGAGCCUGAUACCAUCUGGGAACAACUUAAAAGCAGUGACUAUUGAUGAUAUAAGACCUUUUUCUGGAUCUGUUGUUUUCUUAUCUGGACAAAGUGACACAGCAAUCAACAUUACUGUCCAAGCUGAUGACAUCCCUGAAAUGAAUGAGACCCUGAUAUUGUCAUUAGACAGGGUGAACAUAGAAAAUCAAAUCUUGAAAUCUGAAUAUACUAGUCGUGAACUAAUCAUUCUAGAAAAUGAUGAUCCUGGGGGAGUGUUUGAGUUUGCUUCCUCUUCAAGGGGGCCCUUUAAGAUAAAAGAAGGAGAAUCUGUUGAACUUCUGAUUGUUCGAUCCAGAGGAGCCCUUGUUAAGCAGUUUCUACGUUACACAGUAGAGCCAAGAGACAACGAGUUUUAUGGGAACACAGGAGUUCUGGAAUUUAAACCUGGGGAAAGAGAAAUCAAAAUUACCCUCUUAACAAGGAUAGAUGGGAUUCCAGAGUUGGAUGAAUUUCACUCAGUGGUACUCAGUAGCCAUGGUGAACUACCAAGUAAGCUGGGAAAUGCCACAAAGGUCAACAUAACCAUUCUGAAGAAUGAUGAUCCACAUGGAAUAAUUCAGUUUGCAGAGGAAGGACUGAUUGUAACAAUUAAUGAAAGUAAAGGGAGUGACAUCUAUGCUGCUGUAUUUCCAGUUGUAAGAAGCCAAGGAACCUUUGGUAAUGUGAACGUGUCCUGGGCAACUUACCCAGUUUUUACAGCUGAUAUCUUUCCUGAACAAGGGACAGUUUACUUUGGGAAUGAGGAAUAUUCCAAAAAUAUCACAAUUUAUUCAGUUCCUGAUGUGAUACCUGAAGAAAUGGAGGUGUUCUUCAUUAGUCUUUUCAAUAAUACAGGAGGUGCUAGAAUGGGAAAUAUAACAACUGCAACCUUACAGAUUACAAAAAAUGAUGACCCAAUUUAUUUUGCAGAUCCUAUCGUCAUGAAGGUUCGUGAAGGUGGCAUUGCUAGCUUUGUAGUCAUUAGAAAUGGCUCUGAUGCUGAUGUUGUUUCAGUUUUGUAUUCUACUGUUAAUGGAGGAGCCAGUACAGACGAAGACGACUUCAUUUUUAGUGAAGACAGUGGAGUGCUUUCCUUUGAUGUUGGAAUAAGAGAACAGAACAUAACCGUGUUUAUCAAAGAUGAUGAUAUCCCAGAGUCAGAUGAGACUUUUUAUAUAAUUCUCUUCAACUCUACAGGAGACACAGUAGUCUACGGAUCUGGAAUGGCAACUGUAAUUAUUGAAGCUAAUGAUGAUCCAAAUGGUAUUUUCUCCUUGGAACCUACAAGUAAAGUAGUGGAAGAAGGCAAAACAAAUGAAUUUAUGGUUCUGAGGCAGAGAGGCCACUUUGGCAACGUGUCUUUGGCCUGGCAGCUCUUUGAGAACAAUUCAACUUUGGACCCAGGAGAAGAAUUCUUUGAAGUCUCUGGGGUUAUACAGUUCAGAGAUGGUGAAUGGUCACAGCCCAUAACUCUUCAUGCUAUUCCUGAUAAAAUUCCUGAAUUCAAUGAAUUUUACAUUCUCAAGUUGGUGAAUACUUCAGGUGGUUUCCCAGGUCCUGGUGGCCAACUAGCUGAAACCAACCUUUCUGUGUGUGUGAUGAUCCCAUUUAAUGAUGACCCUUUUGGGGUCUUCAUCCUAGAUCUUGAAAGCCAGGACACAGAAAUUGCAGAAGAUGUUCUGUCUGAAAAUGAUAUGUCCAACAUUGCCAGCUUCAUGGUAUGGAGACAGCAGGGGACCUUUGGAGAUGUCCGUGUUGGCUGGGAAAUACUAUCGAGUACACUGAAAGAAGGGUUACCAAUGAUGAUUGACUGCUUAUUGCUUGGAAAAUUUUCAAAUUCAGUGCAGUCACAACCUCACAUGCGGCGUCAUCACACUGGAACAGAUGCUUUAUAUUUUAGUGGGGAAGAGGGUGCAUAUGGAAUUGUUGAUCCUGAGUUCCAUGUCAGUAAGAACAGAACGCUUGCCAACUUUACCUUUUCUGCCUGGGUAAUUCCUAGUAUCAACAGUGAAGGAUUCAUAAUGGAAAAGGAUAAUGGCAAUGGAACAAUGUAUUAUGGAGUAAAAAUCCACACAAACGAAUCCCAUGUUUCCAUAAGGCUUUAUUAUACACCACUGCAGUCAAAUGUGACAUAUGCAGCUAAGAUCACAGUUGUGAAAUACUUAGAGGAAAAUAGUUGGCUUCAUCUUCUGAUUACAUUGGAUGAUGGCAUAAUUGAGUUUUUCAUUGAUGGAAAUCCUGUGCCUGGAGGCAUUAAGAGCCUUAAAGGAGAAGCAAUUGCUGAUGGCCCCGGAAUAAUGAAAGUUGGUGCUGGAAUGAAUGGCAACAACAGAUACAAGGGGAUUAUGCAAGAUGUGAGACUUUAUGAGCGCAAACUAACUAAAGAGGAAAUCUAUGAACUUCAUGCCACCCCAGCAAAAUCGGACCUUCACCCCAUCUCUGGGUACUUAGAAUAUCGACAAGGAGAAACCAAUAAGUCAUUCAUUGUUUCUGCCAGGGAUGAUAAAGAAGAAGAAGGGGAAGAACUAUUCAUCCUGAAGCUUGUUUCUGUUCAUGGAGGAGCACGAAUCUCACAAGAAAACACAACUGUAAAAUUAAGAAUCCAGAAGAGUGAUAAUGCCAAUGGUCUGUUUGGUUUCACAGGAGCAUGUAUUCCAGAGGUUUCUGAUGAAGGGUCUACUGUUUCUUGUGUCAUAGAGCGCACCAGAGGAGCCCUGGAAUAUGUCUUUGUCUAUUACAGCAUAUCUCAGAUUUAUUCUGAUGGCAUUAAUUACUCUGUUGUUGAUUUUGCUAACACGAGUGGAAUGAUCACAUUUUUUCCUUUCCAAAGAUCAGAGGUUUUGAAUUUGUUGGUGCUUGAUGAUGAUAUUCCUGAACUAAAUGAAUAUUUUCAGGUGAUUUUGGUGUCUGCUGUUUCUGGAGAUGGAAAAAAAGGUUCAACGCCAACUAGUGGAGCAAGCAUUGAUCCAGAGAAAGAAACUACCUACAUCACUAUUAAAGCCAGCGACCACCCUUAUGGUUUAUUACAGUUCUCAGUGGAGCAGCCUCCAGAAGACAGUGAGGAAGUAAUUCUACCAGUCACUAAUGCACCCCAUAUCACCGUGAAGGAAGAAGUAGGGCAUAUCAGGUUGCUAGUUGUCAGAGCACAAGGCCUACUUGGAAUGGUUCUGGUACAAUAUAAAACUGUUUCACUAACAGCAUUUAGUCCCCAAGAUUAUCAGGGUAUUAAAAGCACCUUGGAAUUUCUGCCAGGAGAAAGAUACAAGUACAUUAUCGUUAACAUUACAGAUAAUUCCAUCCCUGAACUGGAAAAAGCUUUUAAAGUGGAGUUGUUUAAUACAGAAGGAGCAGUUGCUGAACUCUUUAAUGAUGGCAGUGGUAGUGGUGAUGGGAAUUUGGACUUCUUCCUGCCAGCUGUCCAUCAACAGGCUAGUUUGGGUAUAGCCUCUCACAUCAUAGUGACUAUUGAAGCCUCCGAUGAUGCUCAUGGUGUUUUUGAAUUCAGCCCUGAAUCACUUGUUGUUAAUGGAACUGAACUUUUGGAUGGAGUUGGAACAGUCAUGUUUGAGGUUGUAAGAAAUUAUGGUGCAUUGUCCCAGGUGACUUUGUAUUGGCUACUUGCACCUGAUGAUAAUGAGGAUCUGGUGGCUACGUCUGGCAACAUAACUUUCAAUAUAGAACAAAGGAAAGCAAAUUUAACAAUGCAGAUCAUGCCUGAUGAAAUCCCAGAACUUGAUAAGAUGUUUUCACUUUGGAUUAGCAAUGUUUCCUGUGGACGUCUUGGAGUUCAUACCAAUGCUACAUUAAUCAUUCUUGCGAAUGAUGACCCCUAUGGGCUUUUGAUUUUUUCUGAGAAAAACAAACCAAUCAAAAUUGAGGAAGGAAACAAGAAUGUCACCCUUACAGUCAUGCGAUUAAAAGGUCUCAUGGGAAUAGUCAUGGUUGCAUAUCAAACCAUGGCUGAUGAGGAUGAUUCACCCUUUCUGCUGCCAAAAGUUUCCAGGGCAACCUGUGGACAAGAUUAUCUUCCCAUUUCUGGAUUUGUAAUCUUUGCAAGCAGUGAAAGUGAGGCUACCAUAGAGCUUCCCAUUCUGGAUGAUAAUGAACCAGAGAAACCUGAAUCUAUAUUUGUGGAGUUGCUUGCUGUUACUCUGAUAGAAGGAUCCCAGUAUCGGCCAAUUCCAGAUUCUCCUCGACUUGGGCCUAAGGGUGAUAGAAUUGCUCAUGUGAUUAUCAAUGCCAAUGAUGACGCUUUUGGAACACUACAGCUCUCGGUGCCAGCCGUGCGAGUGGCUGAAAAUUACAUUGGACCACUCGUCAAUGUCACAAGAAUAGGAGGAAUUUUUGCAGAUGUUUCAGUAAAAUUUAAAGCUGUGCCAAUAACAGCAACAGCUGGUGAAGACUACAGUGUAGCUUCAUCAGAUGUUGUCUUAUUAGAAGGAGAGACCAGCAAAGCUGUGCCAAUUUAUAUAAUAAAUGAUAUCAGCCCUGAGAUUGAAGAAUCCUUUGUUGUACAAUUGCUCAAUCAGACAACAGGGGGAGCUUUACUUGGAAGUCUAACUCAGGCUGUUAUUACCAUAGAGGCCUCUGAUGACCCAUUUGGCUCUUUUGUCUUCCAGAUCAUAGAAAUCACUGUUGAAGAACCUGAGAUCGAUACAGUAAAGGUUAACCUUCCAAUUAUUCGCAAUGCUGGAACACUGGGCAAUGUGACCAUUAAAUGGAUUGCCACCAUUAAUGGGCAACCUGCUGACAGUGACUUGAGGGCCUCCUUGGGUGACAUUCAGUUUUUACCUGGGGAGGCCACAAGGAAUUUGACCUUGGAAAUAGUGGCUGAUGAUGUCCCAGAAAUAAAAGAGGUGAUCCAAGUGAAAUUAAUUCAGGCCUCAAAUGGAGGUAAUAUUGGACCAGAUGGAGUGGCAAAUGUUAUAAUCUCUGCCAAUGAUAAGCCAUAUGGCAUAGUUUCCUUUCACCAAGCCAUUCAUCAAGUUCAAGAACCAAUGGGGAGAAGUUCACUUACAAAUAUAACUAUAAAGAGAAGUGGUGGAAGAUUUGGGCAGCUACAGAUUUUCUACAGCACUUUUGAAAUUGACAUUGCAACUCUCGCUGCAGAGCAAGGCCUGGAUCUCUUUUCUUACUAUGAAACACGAGUCCAAGGAAUUCCAGACCAAUCUGAGAUGAUUAGAGUGAAUGUUUCUUUAGCAUAUGAUUCACUGUACAAUUGUGCAAUGUUGUGCCUGAAAGAACAAGCAUGUUCAGCCUUCUCAACUUCCAGUGCCUCUGGAAUUCCAUCAUGCUUUUGGGUUGCAUCUUGGGAUGAUCAUGUAACCAACAACUCAGCUUUCUGGACCUACAAGAAAAAUCUUACUACUGUAUCCAAUCUUUUGAGUACAAAAGCAAGUGCUAAUAGUGACUAUGAGACUGUUACAAAGCAAUGGAUGAUAAUGGCAGAAGGAGAGGAGUUUGCAAACCUUACAGUAACUAUACUUCCUGAUGACUAUCCAGAACUGGAUGAAAAGUUUGGCAUAUCUCUGUUAAAAGCAGUGCUGGUGAACAUUUCUACUAAUCUUGAAAAUCAGCCAGUCAUAGGACAACCAAACACUUCUACAGUUACCAUAUUAAUGAAUGGAGAUGCUUUUGGUGUGUUUGUGAUAACCAGCAUUAGUCCUAAUACAACUGAAGAUGGUCUUUAUGUAGAAGUUCAAGAAUGGCCUCAAAACACUGUGCAAUUAAUGAUACAUAGAACAGAAGGAAGUUUAGGACAGGUGAUAGUGGAAUGGAGCAUAGCUGGUGGCACAGCUACUCCAGAUGUAGAUUUCAUUGGUGAUGGGGAAAUCCUGAAUUUUGCAGAAGGUGAAACAAAAAAGUUGAUAACUCUGACAAUUCUAGAUGACUUGGAACCCGAGGAUGAUGAAAGCAUUCUAAUUAGUUUGACAUACACUGAAGGCGGCAGUCGUAUUCUACCUGGCUCAGACACUGUUACGGUGGUUAUUCUGGCCAAUGACAAUGUGGCAGGAAUUAUUAGUUUCCAGACAGCCUCAAGAUCUAUUAUUGGUCAUGAAGGAGAACUGUUACAAUUCGAUGUGCUAAGAACUGCACCAGGAGCUGGGAAUGUCUCUAUUGAGUGGAAAAUUGUUGGGUACAAUGUGGAUCAAACCUUUGAAAAUACUUUUGGCAUGGUUUCUUUUUUGGAGGGGUCAUUGAACACAACCUUGUAUGUUCACCUACUGGAUGAUCAUAUUCCUGAAGAAAACGAAGAAUAUCAAAUAAUUCUGCAUAAUGUUAGAACUGAAGGGGUCACUUCUACUGGAGCUGCUGUCCUCGACAGCCAAGGUUAUGAAGCAGUUUUGACUGUAGAGGCUAGUGAUGAGCCACAUGGAGUCUUGAAUUUUGCACCUUCAUCAAGAAUUGUUUUGGUUCAAGAAGGGAACAUCACGAUUCAGCUUUUCAUUAACAGAGAAUUUGGAUCUCUAGGUGUCAUCAAUGUAACCUAUACAACAGUUUCAGGAUUUCUUGACUUAAAGAAUCAGACAGAAGGGAUAUUGGCCGAACCAGGUGUUGAUUAUAUACCCUUAUCAGGAUCACUGCUUAUAGAUGAAGGUGAAACAUCAGCAGUCAUAAAUGUUACUAUUUUAGAGGACAAUGUCCCAGAGAUACAAGAAUUCUUCCUCGUUAACCUCACAUCUGUGGAAAUUAUCAUCCAUCCUUCAACAUCUUUCCCUCCCAGACUCGAUGUAAAUGGUUUGGCAGCACAGAUUAUUAUUGAUGCAAAUGAUGGCGUGAGAGGAGUAAUUGGCUGGCAAAACAAAACUUUUGAAAUAAAUGAACUGGAUAGAAGCUUGACAUUAGUGAUAUUCCGGGACCGAGGUUCUUAUGGUGAUGUGUCCUUGUUCUUGUAUGCUCAGAAUCUGGAAGCACAUCAGGGACUGGACUUUAAUAUAUCCUCAAGGACUCUUUCUUUUACUGAUGGAGAACGGUAUAAAUCUGUUGAUGUUAUCAUUUUUGAUGAUGAUAUUCCUGAAGGAGAUGAGAGAUUCCAACUAAUUUUAGCAAAUCCAUCCCUUGGACUGGAGUUGGGAGAAAACACAACAGCUACAAUUACUAUCCUUGCAAAUGAUGAUGGCCAUGGAGUUUUAUCUUUCAACAACAGUGAACAUUUCUUUCUAAGAGAGCAGACAGCACUACAUUUGACGGAAAGUAUUGCGGUGCUGACCGUUGUCAGGGAACCCCCUCAAGGAAUAUUUGGCACUGUGACUGUCCAAUAUCUUGUUCGAGAAAUAAAUUCUUCUGAAGCAUCUGUAGAUUUGAUACCAUCACAAGGCUAUAUUGUUUUAGAAGAGGGAGUCAGAUUCAAGACAUUGCUUAUUACUGCCAUACUAGAUGCUGAACCAGAAAUGGAGGAACAUUUCAUUGUUACUCUGUUUAAUCCAACUGGUGGAGCCAGGCUAGGCACAAGAACAGAAAUUUUUCUCACAGUGCUGCAAAACCAGGCCCCAUUGGGACUUUUCAGCAUCUAUCCAGUUUCAGAUAGGACAACUUCUCUUAUCAUUGAAGAAGCCAAUACUACAGUCUACUUGAAUGUAUCCCGGAGCAAUGGGAUCGACACAUCAGUGAGUGUGGAAUGGGAAACACUGUCUGAUACUGCAUUUGGGAUAAAAGGUGGUUUAAGUGUGUUAUCCACUCUACAAAGUUUUGUGGAAGAUCCAAUAUCUAGCUGGUGUUUCUUUACAGCAGAAGACCGUUUAUAUGGUAUAUUGUUGAGAAGGAAUCCAGCUGUCAAGUCUUCAGUAUACCAGUGGCAGGGUGUUUUGGUACCCAUUGAGGAAUUUAGUAUUGAGUACCCUUUUCACUGCAUUGCAUUUCAAAUCAAUGACUCCCCCUACCUAAUAAUUAUGCAAGAUGGAACAAAUCAGUUUGAAUCUUCUGACAACAUUGUGUAUGCCUUCACCACUGGACUGCAGUUACUACAGAUACAGUCCAUCACUGUACCAUGCAGCACUGAUAUAAAGCAUUUCAGUUUGGACCUUAGUCAUUACUUGAUUAUUGCUAGUUGUGUCUCUGAAUCUAAAUCUCUCCAGAUUUUCAUCUGGAAUAAUGGCAUGUUUGUAUUCCAUCAUCAGCUCUCUGUGAAUGGAGUUCUUAGUGUGGAUGUUUUCUCCAGGGGAGGCUCUACAUACCUAGUAAUAGUACCACCAGACACCACACAAUCUCCUCUUCUAUUCCAGUGGUCAGAGAACAAAUUUAUGAAGCUACAUGAACUGCCAACUAAUGGAGUAACACAAGUAAAAGCCUUGAUAUCUGGAUCUGAUAUCUAUUUAAUUUUUGUAAAAGAGCUCAACAGCACAUGCGAUGUUUUUAUAUGGGAAUCAGGACAACCUUCUUUCAGGCAUUUUCAGUCCCUUUCCGUGAGAGCUGUAAAUGACAUCCACACCUUUCUUCCACUCUCUGGUUUAGUACACAUCCUGUUUGCUAGCAAGCAUAAAUCAGCAAUCUAUUACUGGAACUCAGAAGUGAACCAGUUCUCUCUACUCCUGGAAGCCCCUCCUGCCAAUCAUAUAACUGCUGUCAAUGUAAAAUCUCUAAAUUCCAAUAAAAGUCUAAUUGUUCUGACUGGAGAUCUAUAUUCUUAUGUAUAUGAGUUGACUGCAGUAUCAAAUCAAUCUGAUUUCAUACCUAGUUCAGGUGAACUGAUAUUUGAACCAGGAGAUAAAGAAGUUGUGAUAGCAGUCAAUAUCUUUGAUGACACAGUUCCAGAGGAAGAAGAAUCAUUUAAAGUAUGGUUGAAAAAUCCAAAAGGUGGAGCAGAAAUUGGUCCAAAUGGUUAUGUUACUAUAGUUAUAUCAUCUAAUGAUGAUGCUCAUGGAGUUGUUGGCUUUGCUCAGAGUUCUUUAUUCAAACAAGUAGAAGAAUUAGAACAGGACACUUUCAUCACUCUGAGUAUUGAACGCUUAAUAAGUACCUAUGGACGUGUUACAGUACAGUGGGAGACCAGUGGGAGCAUUAAUGAUAUAUUUCCAACUUCAGGAGUGAUUACUUUUUCGGAUGGUCAAGCUUUAUCCACGAUCACAUUGACAGUCCUUGCAGAUGUCAUUGCUGAGGUUGCAGAGACAGUUAUUGUAAUGCUUACUCAUGUCAGCACUAUGGGCAUUCAGGAUACCCAAAAAGGAGCAACUCUUGACUCAAAGAGAGCAAAAGCUGUACUUACUGUUUUGCCUAAUGACUCUCCUUAUGGCAUAAUAGGAUGGCACACAAAUUCUUACUUUAUAAAUGUAUCAGAACCCGAAGAUAAGUCAACUGUUGUUACUUUACAUAUUCUUAGAGAGCAAGGAUUUGUUGGAGAUAUCCGAGUGCAGUUGGUACCCCAGCCUAUUUUUUCACUUCCCUAUGUUAAUCAAGCCAUGGAAAAUGAGGAUUAUAGACUGGAAAACAAGACAGUUGUCAUGGCAGAGAACAUAACAAUAGCUUCUGUAACUGUAUUCAUUUUGUCGGAUAAUAUUCCAGAAUUACAAGAAAAAUUUGUAAUUAAUAUUACCAGUGUAGAUUUGCUGGACUCUUCUCUUACUGGAGGGCAGCCAUGUGUGAAAAGACUUGGCUUAGAAAUAGCUGUGAUAACGAUUGAAGAGAAUGGUGACCCCAGGGGAAUCUUUCAUUUCAAUGCUACCAAGGAUAUGAGUGGAACAGUGGCUGGUUUUGAGGUACCUCCACCAGAUAACAUUCUGAAGCUUCCAGUUGUUCGAAGGGCAGGGACAUUUGGAACAGUAAAUUUGUACUGGGAAGCCACACCUACAACUGCUGGCCUGGAGGAUUUCACACCAUCAUUUGGGAACCUUACAUUUGCAGAUGGACAAGUGACUGGAGUGAUAGAGAUCACUAUCACAGAUGAUGACACUGUCGAGUUUUUGGAGAUGUUCAGUGUUACUUUGCUUAAAGUGACAGGUGAUGCCCGACUAGGAGAGGAUGUACAAGUGAUUGUUGCUAUUCCACCUAAUGAUUCUCCUGUUGGACUAUUUGGAUUUGAAGAAAAACAUGUAACUGUGAAGGAGCCCCAAUCAAUUGAUGACCCAGCAGCAAAUAUUUUUCUUAAUGUACGCCGGAGUGAAGGGGGCCAAGGAGAAGUCCGGCUUAUCUGGAUCGUUGAGGAGGCCGCUAAAUAUGAUCUCAGCCCUCUUAAUGGAACAGUUUUCUUUGCUGAGAUGGACUCCCAGAAAACCAUAGUUCUGCAAGCAAUUCAAGAUCUGCUGUUGGAAGGUGAUGAAAGCUAUGCAGUUCAGCUUCUAUCUACUGAUGACACUGAGAUAUCACCAAUAAAUGGUAUAGCAACUAUCACUAUAUUGGGAGAUCGUGGAGCUUCUGGGUUUGUUGGGAUAGCUCCAUCAUCCACACAUAUCCUGAUAGGGGAACCUGUAGGAAAAUAUAAUGGGACUUCUUUUAUUGGGAUUGUACGUGGGCCAGGGAUUUCUGGAGAAAUCACAGUCUUUUGGAAUAUCACACCACCCAAUAAGAAGGAAUUUGCGGAGAUAUCAGGAAAUUUUACCAUGAGAGACAAGCAGUCUGCUGCUGUUGUAAUGAUACAGGCUCUAGAUGAUGAUCUUCCAGAGGAAAAACAUUACUAUCAGUUUCACCUAACUGGUAUCAGCAAUGGUGGGAUCAUCAAUGAGUCCACCAGCACAGCCUAUAUCACAAUGGCUGCCAGUGACAUGCCCUAUGGGCAGUUUGCAUUUUCCCAGCAACUACUUCAGGUGGCAGAAGAGGAAAAAUGGGCAAAUGUCACAGUUGUCCGUUCACAUGGAUAUUAUGGGCAAAUUUGUCUCUGGUACCAGAUACAGAAUGGGACAGCAGUACAAGGCAUGGAUUUUGCUCCUUUGUUGAGAGAGCUUACAUUUAAAUCUAAUGAGACUUCUAAAACUAUUUAUAUUGAAAUCUAUGAUGAUGAACUUCCUGAAGGUCCUGAAGAGUUUUCAAUAGAGCUUCUAGGACUGGAACUACUAGGAAGUGGAUUUGAUUUUACAAUAAAAGAAUAUGGACUGCAGAUUGACCAGCCUCCUGGGAUAGGUAAUGCUUCAGCAAUGAGAGUCAUUAUAUCUAAAAGUGACAAUGCAGAAGGAAUAAUUGAAUUUGAUCCACUGUAUACAACUCUACAAGUGGAAGAAGAUGUUGGGGUGAUAAUGAUUCCAGUAAUGCGAAGACGUGGGAAUUAUGGCUAUGUGACUGCAGAUUUCAUGUCUCGAAGUAUUUCAGCACUUUCUGAUGGCGUUGACUACAACAUAGCAAAUAAUACAGUCAUUUUUCAUCAUGGCCAAAAUCAGGGCUUUAUAAGUAUUUUAAUCAUAGAUGAUGAUGAAAGAGAAAAUGCUGAGCAGUUUGAAAUCCAGCUAACAGGAGCCAGUGGGGGAGCAGUACUCGGGCUCCAUCUAGUGACCCAAAUAACAAUUGCCAAGAGUGAUUCCCUACAUGGAAUUGUUCGAUUCCUCAACCAAAGUAGAAUAAUUCUCCCAAAUCCUGAUGUAACAUUGACGCUGUCCUUGGUGCUGGAAAGAACUGGAGGAUUAAUAGGAGAUUCUCAGAUUAAUUGGGACAUUUUAGGACCUAAUUCAGAGGUCAUUUUGCCUGCUCUAAACAGUGACAUUCGUGACCCAGUGAAUGGAUCAUUUUAUUUUGAAGAGGCAGAAGGAGGUCUGAGAAGCAUCCAUUUGGAAAUUUAUCCUUAUGACGAAGUAGAAGUUCAGGAAACUUACAUUAUUAGACUGAAUGCUGUGAAAGGUGAAACUGAAGUGGAUUCCAGGGCUGGCAACAUUACACUAACAAUUCUAAAGUAUGGUGAUCCUAAUGGGAUUGUGCAAUUUGCUCCUGAAUCCUUAUCCCUUGCGUACUAUGAUGAGCCAUCAGCAUCCGAAGGUCCACUGAGUAUCACUCUUUUCAUAAAGAGAAUUCAAGGAACCAUGGGAAACAUUACGGUUCACUGGGAACUAAAUAGUGAUUCUGACUUCACAGAUGAUUUCCUUACAACCAAAGGCUCUGUUGUAAUUCCUGAUAAGCAAAGGACAUCUGAGAUUGUUAUAUCCCUGCUACCAGAUGAUAUUCCUGAAAUGGAUGAGCAUUUUGUGGUGCAUCUCACUUCAAUAGAAGGAGGCGCUGACAUGGAUUUAGAGAAAAGCAUUUCUAAAUUCACAGUCAUUGCAAAUGAUGAUCCCUAUGGAGUAUUUGCCUUAUAUUCUGAGAAACAGUUGGUUUUGGUGGAGAGGGAUAUGAGCAGACACAUCCAGAUCAAUGUAACUCGGCAUGGAGGAACUUUUGCUGAUGUUAUUGUAGAGUAUCAGGUUUCAUCUCCCACUGAAGAAACCCUAGUUGCACCAGCCAAUGCAAAAGGGCAACUGCAAAUUAAAGAAGGUUCCACUUAUGGAGUGAAAACAGUGCCAGUACAAGCUCAGGCAUUUCUUUUCUUGGGCUUGAAUUUUACUUUGGAACUGAAGAGCAUAACCCUUGUUAAUGUCAGUGCCAAGACUGUGCCUAAGAUAUCGGAGACAGGAAUGUCAGUCUCUGUUCCAGUUCCCAAAGAAGCUGCCAAUUCUCAGGUUGCCUUUGAUUCUAUCGUCUUACAACUUACAAAUAUUACAGCAGGGACAACCCAAGCUCUGAUCACUCGAAAAGGAGUAUAUGGCUCUAUAACAGUUGUCUGGAGCUCUGGAUAUCCAACUGGCCUUAAUCCAGAACAUCUUCGCCCAGGGAACAUUACUCCAGCAUCUGGCACUGUCAUAUUUUUCAAUGGUGAACAAAGCAAAACUAUUGUAUUGCAUGUUGUCCCAAAUCCAAGUAGUCCGGAGGUAUUUGCUGUGCAUCUCUCAGCAGUGCAUAGCAAUGUAUCUGGGGGAGCUCAUCUAAGUUCAGAGCACACUAUUGCUGAAAUCGAGCCUUCAGGGAUCUUUCAAUUUGCCUCUAGCUCAAGGAAAAUGUUGGUAAGGGAAGAAGAGCAAACUGUCAGAUUCCAUGUACAAAGACUUUUUGGUUACCAAAGCAACCUCACAAAAGUGUUCUAUCAGACAAUUGCAGGAAGUGCCAAACCGCUAGAAGACUUUGAACCAGUUCUUGGAGGAGAACUUAUUUUUGAGCCUCUUCAGGUUGAUGCUGUGUUUGAAAUCUUGAUCACUGAUGACAGCAUUUCAGAAGGAGAUGAAGUGUUUUUUGUGAAUUUAACAUCUGUGGAAGUUGAUCUAAUCUGGAAUCCACGUUUGAACCUAGAGUUCAGUGUUUCCUCAAUUACCAUAUUGGCCAGUGAUAUCCAUCAUGGAAUCUUAAGCCUUGGACCAGCUGUGAUUUACACUGAAGAAGAUGCCAAUAACAGCAUACCCAACAUGGUUCUCAUACAUAUUAGAAGGACUCAUGGAUUUGUGGGAAAUGUCUCAGUCACUGUUAAAACCCUUGGUAGAAUAAAAGCUCAAAGUGGAACAAAUACAUUCUCAUUUGAGGUUGUGACUGGGAUUUCUAACAUAACCUGGGCAAUUGAAGGGGAAGAUUUUGAGGAAUUGGCUCUGUCUGUAACAUUACUGGAUGGAGAAAGAGAAAGUCAAGUAUCUGUCAAAAUUCUUGAUGAUGAUGAGCCUGAAGGACAAGAAUAUUUUGGUGUCAUCCUCUCUGACCCUCAGGGUGGAGCUCAGAUUACAGAAAUAAUGGACGAAUAUGGAUUUGGAGGUUUUGCCACAAUAAUUAUCAAAGGAAACGAUCUUCAGAAUGGGAUUCUGGGAUUCACUGGGGAGACACAAGAUGGCUUCCUGCUGGAUGAAGAUUCUGAGAAGAGGGACGUGCAGCUCAUUGUCACUCGACAACGAAACAGGGCUUUCGAAGAUGUGGACAUUUUGUGGCGUGUUACCUUUGAUAGAACAUAUGUUGUCCUACAGAAGAAUGGCACAGAUUUGGCAAAUGAACUGAUAGCAAUCACCGGGGUUACAACAUGUAAAGCUGGUCAAACAGAAUGCAUCAUUUCGAUUGAAAUCAAACCUGAUAAUGUGCCUGAACUUGAGACCUCUUUUUUUGUGGAGCUGUACGAAGUUGGUGCAGGAGCAAUGUUAAACAACAGUGCCAGAUUUGCAUACAUAGUAGUCCCAGAAAGUGAUUCUCUUUGGGGUAUAAUCUACUUUGCUGUUGGGUCUCGUCUGGCAGUGGCACUCAAGAAGAACACUUUAGUUCGUCUCCAGGUAGUGAAAGAUUCUAGCACAGCACUGACUGCUUCAGUUGGCUUCAGGACUCAGGAACUGUUGAGGCCUGAAACUGUUGGUCGCAUAAUCAUUUCACCAGCCAUUUCUGGCCAAGAUUUUAUCCAUUCUGAAGGGACAUUGUCCUUUGAACCUGGACAGAGAACUGCUGUUAUCGAUAUAACACUCACUCCCAGAACUGGAUCUUUAAAUCCGUUUCCUAAAUGCUUUCAAGUUUUACUAUUCAGUGCUACUGGGGGUGCCAGAGUUGAUGAUAUCUAUGGAACUGCCAAUAUCACCAUUGUGUCUGAUUCAAAUUCCCAAGCUGUCUGGGGUCUAGCUGAUCAGUUGUACCAGCCCCUUGAUGAGGAUAUUUUGAACAGAGUCCUCCAGUAUUUAAACAUCAAAGUUGUCACAGAAAGUACAGAAGAGCAGCUUGCUGGUGUGAUGCACAUUAUAAAUAAGAUAAUAUCUGAAGGAGAAAAACAACCACUCACUGAUAAAAGCCGAAAUCUCUUGUAUGAUAUCCUCUGUGCACUUAUUAAUCCCAAACGCAAGGACACUCGAGGGUACAGCUUUCUUGCUGAUGUUACUGAAAAAUUUGCCUUUUCACUUCCUGUUGGGGAAAUAUGUGGAACCCCAGGGGAAAGGGGCAAAACCAUCCUUGACUAUUGUCCUUACAUUGUAAUCAUGGCCCAUCAUUGGUAUCCACAGCAAAUCAAUGGGCACAGGUUUGAUGGGAAAGAUGGUGAUUUUCUUAAAAUACCUGAACACUUGUUGGAAGUUUCUGCCUCAUCUGAUCCUAAAGAUGAGAAUUGUAGUUUCAUUCAAGUCACUGAGUACAGUAGCCAGCAGUGGUUUAUAAUGGGUGAGAAAGGAACUGCUCUCAAAAAUAAGAUUUUUUCAGCAAGUCUGAAAGAUCGAAGUCCACUUUUGUUGAAAGACAACAAUGAGAUCACCUACAGAAUUUACUCUAAAGGCAACCAAAUUGUUCCUCAUAAAUCUUUAUGUCUCCUGUGGAAUCAGGUUGCUGAAAGCUGGUUGUCUGACAGUCAGUUCUGUAAAGUGAUGGAUGAUUCUUCAGAUUAUGUGGAAUGCUCUUGUUCACACAUGUCUAUUUAUGCAGCCUAUGCACAGACAGACAGUUUGUCUUCCUACAAUGAAGCUUUCUUCUCAUCUGGUUUCAUCUGCAUUUCUGGUUUCAUAUUGGCUAUUUUUUCACACCUUUUCUGUACCAGAUCUUCCAUGUUUGCAGCUAAACUUCUUACGCAUAUGAUGGUUGCCUGCUUAGGUACUCAGAUUUCAUUUUUGGCCUCAGCUUACAUAAGUCAGCAACUCUCAGAGGAAAGCUGUUCAGCUUUAGGCUCACUUACACAUUACCUCUACCUUUGCCAGUUCAGCUGGAUGCUUAUUCAGGCUGUUAAUUUCUGGUACGUUCUGGUGAUGAAUGAUGAGCAUACAGAUCGUCGCUACCUAACGUUUUUUCUGCUGGGUUGGGGUCUUCCAGCUUUUGUUGUGAUUUUACUUUUAAUUAUCCUACGUGGAAUCUAUCAUCAUAAUCUGUCACAGAUCUAUGGCCUGGUCUACAGUGAUCUCAGCAAGAAUAACUAUUGCAAAAAGAUGGAAAACAGAACAGAUCCCCCAAUUGGAACAAUGGUUGGAGAAACUGGAAGAGAUUAAAGACAUGGAUAAACUAACGUUUUACCUGAAAGCAAUUAGAGGAGAACCAAUCAAAAAUACAAAGUGGGAAAAACUGGACUUAUACAUUAAGCAAAGGACUUUAAUAGUAAAUUGAACCGGGACUUAGACACAAAGAUAUACCAAAGAAACUGUUCCCGAGUAGGGGAUAGAAUGGAAGUUUUCAACGUACCCCUAACCCUGCCCUGUUUACCCCUGUGUGUCCCUCCCAUCCCCCUCACUCCCCCCCCUAUUCCCCUCCCCAGAUAUACCUCACUGUUAGUCCAAUUGUUACUUUGUUUUUAGAUCGUGUCUAUGUAUAUCACUUACCCUCAAUAAAAAUUUAAAAAGAAAAAAAAAGAUUUAACUGUUUGUUAAAGAAAUAUGUAGGAUUUAUACUUGAUAAAAUAAUUUUCCAAAAAACAUCAAUGCUACCAGAUAAGGUGUAAGACAAUGUGAUCGAAGCCUCACAGUGUCCAAAUGCAACAGAUAAUAACAAUAAAUAUAAUGUAGUACAUUAUCUUUUUAUCAUAUACGGUGCCCCCUUAAUAUCCACUAUGGAUAUUCUCCAUAGAUAUCAAAAUCUGUGGAUACUCAAGUUCCAUUGCAUAUAACGAUAUAGUAAUAUGGUGAACAUUAUGUUAAAUGGGAACAUCAAGGUUUGGAUUUUGGGAAAAUAUUUUCAAACCAUGGAUAGUUGGAGCCUUGGAUAUGGAGGGCCAACUGCUUACAUCACUUCUAGAUGACAGCACCUUGAAUCCAAGGAGUUCCUUCCCUUAGUGGAAGAAGUGUUCACCAUUUUUGGAAACUGCCACCUAUAAGAUAUAGUAAUAUGGUGAACAUUAUGUUAAAUGGGAACAUCAAGGUUUGGAUUUUGGGAAAAUAUUUUCAAACCAUGGAUAGUUGGAGCCUUGGAUAUGGAGGGCCAACUGCUUACAUCACUUCUAGAUGACAGCACCUUGAAUCCAAGGAGUUCCUUCCCUUAGUGGAAGAAGUGUUCACCAUUUUUGGAAACUGCCACCUAUAAGAAAAAGUUUCUUUCAUCUAAGAAGGGAAAUCAUUAGAACUGAUCCAUUUUGUUUUCCUACCAAUAAUUCUGCAAGGACCUCAAUUUUAGAAUUGGGGAACUGAGACUGAAGCCUAUGUAGAUAAUGUAUGCUUCAAACAAAAUUGCAAGCUAUAGUGACUAUAGACAGUUUUAUAGUGACUAUAGACAGACUAUAUGCUAUGCUUAUAGUACAAAUUAGUUCAUUGUGCUGAAGAGCAAGUAGGUCACAGUAGAUCCCUCAACAAUAUAUGUUCUAUAUGUAAUUGUUCACUUAUUCAAUCAGUUCAUUGUGCUGAAGAGCAAGUGGGUCACAGUAGAUCACGACCGGUUUCAAUUAGGUCUUCUUCAAGUGAAUUAAUCUGGGAAAAUUAUAAUGAAUUAACCAAAAAAAUAUAAACAUAUAACAUAUCCACAUAAAUGUCAUUAUAAAUUUGACAUAGAGACUUACAAUAGUACAUUCAUAUGUAUACCCUUUAUGCUCCUCUUUCUAGUUGUGUUUUUAUGUCUUCUCUUUUUUUCUAGAGUGGGUCUAAAUAAAAGGAACAAACAGUGGCUAUAACAUAAUUUAAGAUUUUUAAGUUUCAACAAUUAUAUACAGAACAUAUAUUGUUGAGCUACAGUCAUUUUUGAUGUAUGGAUUAUGUUUAUUACAAUUGUGAAUUCUGAACAUAUUGUAUUUUAUUCUAUAUGAGUUCUUACGUUAUACUUGUUGAUUGAACAUUGCUAAAGCAAUCACUACAUUUGUGGGUAUCUAUUACUUUUGUGCAUAACCAGGAACCCAUUUACUUGAUAUAGUACAAAUUAGCCAUUCUGCACCAUUACAAAAAACUGAUUCAACCCAUAUAUUGACAAUCAGACAAGGUGGCUGUUUUGGGCAGAAAAUGUGCAUUAUCAAAGGUGGCAUAUUGUUCAUUAUUUCCUUUGUGAUUCUUGUGUUUUUACUGGUGAAACGUAUUUUGCAAGCUUUUCUACCUCAUGCACCAAAAUAAUCUGGUUGACCUUAUAUACAGUUCAGGAGAAUGAUAAGGUCUCCUUUGCUGCAUUACCUGGGACAGACCAAUGUUUUAAUCUGACCCUGUGGAUGACUAUGACAAAUCUGUGGCAUUGAUUGUGACAAAAAUGAACGGACACUGUAGAGCUAUAGAUUUGAUAAUGACAAAAAAUAAAGUUGUUGCAAAAAGGAA